AUGUCCGUCAUCAACAUAUCCUCAACCGAACAGUUCAGCUCGCUGCUGAGCUCCUCACGCUUUGUGGUCGCCGACUUCUAUGCCGACUGGUGUGGUCCCUGCAAAGCUAUUGCCCCCGUCUACGAAAAGCUCGCAUCGCAGCUGUCUCGCCCAAACCACAUCACAUUCACCAAGGUCAACGGUGACCAACAGACAGAGCUUGCGCAGGCUUACAGCGUUCGAGCUUACCCGACCUUCGUCGUGUUCGAGAACGGCCGCAGCAUCAAGACCGUCGCCGGUGCCGAUCCCCAGAAACUUACCGACGUGAUCCGGAGACUCGCAUCGGAAGCUACCAAGUCCGAUGGCGGAUCUGGCGAGGGAAGCGGUGCGACUUGGCUGGGCGCCGAGGUGGCUGCGCGAUACACCGACGUGACGGACGAAGUUGACACCAAGGGAUUGGAUCUGCUUAACCGGGACAACCAGUUCGGAGAGCCGCGCGUGUUGUUCGACACCUCCAAGCCUUCAGCUCUGGCUGGCAAGGGCAAGGCCAAGGCCGAGGGCAGCAGCAGUGGUGCCGAUUGGGUCGAGAGCGACACGGACGAGCAGCUGAUGCUGUACAUCCCCUUCCAGUCGAAGCUCAAGGUGCACUCCCUUCAUGUGACAUCCCUCCCACCUGCUGCCGGCGAAGACGACGACGAUGACGAGCUGCCCAUGCGGCCGCGCACCCUGAAGCUUUACACCAACACAUCGCAUGUGCUUGGCUUCGAGCAGGCGGAGGACACGAACCCGGAGCAGACGAUCGAGAUCAAGCCAGAGCAGUGGGACGCAAAGACGGGGACUGCCACCGUUGACUUGCGGUUCGUCAAGUUCCAGAACGUCACCUCUCUCGUUAUCUUCUUCGUGGACGGCGACGGAGAGAGCGAGAAGCUGCGCGUGGAUCGCAUUCGCAUCAUUGGCGAUGCGGGCGAGAAGAGGGCCAUGGGCAAGUUGGAGAAGAUUGGUGACGAGCCUGGCGAGUAA